UGUAGUCAUAUUUAGUUGUUGCUUUCAGAAUGGCGCCUCAAGCUAGUAGGAAUUGGCAUGGAAAUGCGAAUUUCACCAUAGAAUUUUGUGAAUGACUUAAUAAGGGCGUCUGUGUAUUUUACAAAGAAGAAUCCAACUUAGCUCCCCAAUGUUCAUGCUUCCUUUACCAUAACAAUGCCCAGGAAACGAGUAAAAUCUUCUCACGCUUCUGAUCAUACAAUACACUCGGCUCCCAAACCUCCCACUCACAAACAUAAAUCUUCAACCCGUUUUAAAUUUAUCUUUUUUGCAAUCAUCUUUAUAUUUAUACUCUUUAUUGUGCUGACUUAUCAUCGCCAAUGGCGUCGUCAGAGAGACUCUGCAUUAUCGCCUGUCGGCGAGUCACACUCAGAGCUGUCUGUUUAUGAGCGGGGGCUCGUAGGGCCCCAUAUCUCCUAUGAACAAGUGGUGGCUGAAGCAGAGAGGUCCUGGAUCAAUAGGACUCACAGGCACUUCAAUGCUAUGGUUCUUGCAUACGUUACCCCCUGGAAUAACAAAGGUUAUGAAAUGGCCAAGAAAUUUCGUGCUAAGCUCACCCAUGUGUCACCUGUCUGGUACCAGUUGAAGAGAGUUGGGACAGAGCUACAGCUGUUAGGCAGACAUGAUGCUGAUCAGCAGUGGAUCGCUGAAGUUCGUAAAGAUGGGCAUCCUAUGAUACUUCCUAGAUUUUUAUUGGAAGCAUCGCCUGUAGAAUUUUUGACAAAGAAAAUGCAAAGGAAGCAAGUGAUAGAUCUUAUUGUUUCUGAAUGCAAAAACAUGGGAUUUGAUGGUGUGGUCCUCGAGGCAUGGUCAGUGUGGACGGCUUAUGGCAUUCUAAAAGAUCCAAGAUUACGGAAGAUGGCAUUACAAUUUCUUGAAGAGCUUGGGUCUAUGCUGCACACAACAAAGGUAGAGUACAGGCUUGAUGGUAACUUGGAAUUGGUGUUUGUCAUAUCUCCACCAAAUUCAAAUCAGAAUGAUCCUGACAUGAUUACAGCAACUGAUAUAGCAAGAUUGAGCAACCAUGUUGAUGGGUUUUCACUUAUGACAUAUGAUUUUUCAAGUGUAUAUCAUCCUGGUCCAAAUGCUCCACUUGAUUGGGUGCAUGCAUGUUUGCAUUUUUUGCUUCCUGAUACAGUGGUAAAACAGCAAGUAAAUGGGAAAAUGGAAAUAGAGACCACGGAUAAAUUGGCGGGAAAAAUCUUAAUGGGUAUAAAUUUCUAUGGGAACAAUUAUGUUCUUCCAAAAGGUGGUGGGCCUAUUCUUGGCCAUGAAUAUCUCUCACUGUUAAGAAUAAAUAGGCCAAAGUUGCAUUGGGAUAAUCAGAGCAUGGAACAUUACUUUGAUUAUGAAGAACAUUUAAAGAAGCAUAGAGUUUUUUACCCUUCUUUAGAGUCGAUUUCUGUAAGGCUAGAAGUGGCACGAGCAUGGGGUGUUGGUUUAUCCAUCUGGGAAAUAGGCCAGGGACUGGAUUACUUUUUUGAUAUUCUGUAGUUUCAUAAAAUUGUCCUGGUUGUAGUGCUGGCAUUAGUACAUUUUCUGAUCUCUUGGGAAUCUCUAUUAGGGUCUUAAUUUCAAUGUAAGAAAAAUAAAAGAAAUGUUUUCUAACUUAUGUAAAGUGGACUGAUUUACGAGUCUAGAAGUGUGCAGGCAUUUUUUAAACUUAAUAAGACUGAGUAAAUUAUGCACCCUUGGAUGUAUGUGGGAGAUCAACACACUUUCUGUAAGUUAAUUGAUCCUUUAUGAGUAAAAUGUUGUUAUGAUA